GUUUCUACUAGCGGUGGAUUACCAUUUUCUGCGCACCAAGCACGCGCUUCUUCUGUUGAAAUUUCUUUUUCUACUUCUGGCACAUCAACCUGACAAUUCAAUGAAAAAAAAAAUAAUCUUUUGACACAUCACUGACAGUCUACUAUUUAGAACGAGGAACGCCCAUGCUGUUCACUUCAAUGCAACUUGACAUUGGUGACAUAGGUAUAGUUGAAUUGGCCAAAGAAGUGCUGUCCCCACGCCGUCCAAUUCCUAGUGGGGAUACAUGAUUCAUACAACAUUUGAGAGAGAGAGGGGAUAGCGUCAUUCUGGUUAUCUCGACUAUACCAAAAUUUUGCAAAUGCAUUUCUGAUGUGUUUUGUUAUCGACGUCGUAAGAAAAACAAGUUCUGUUUACAGAAAACCAUCUUAUCAAUAAUUAGACUCAUGUAGUGUAUUCAUUAAAAUUUAUGUAAAGUGUUUAAAAAAAACAUAAAUAUUUGUUUUUAGCACAAUACAAGUGCCAAAUAAUUCUCUUUGAAAUUUUUCACACGACAUAACCUCCAACUAGUCACUUCCUUUUUUAUAAUAUAAUUUAAUUAAAAAUGGCUAAUUUACCAAAUACUGGCACUGGUGAGCAAUCAUUGUGGAAUCCACCAGUGCUCCAAAAUCAAGAUAUGGGAUUUUAUUCUGUUCCUCCACCUCCUCCGCCAACAACAUCGUAUCCGCCACAAAAUGUUAUUUAUCCUCCACCUUCGUUUAAUAUUCCACCACCUCCCAUAGUCAAUAAUCCACUUACCUAUCAACCUAAUUCUCAGUAUGUUGACUCACAGUAUUCCUCUUAUUCUGUUGAUAAUACUAACUCAUAUAAUUCCUAUCCCUAUCAAGAUUACAACCUAGCAUCCACCAGUUGCAGUUCAUACAUUCCAGAAAAUCAUAAUUCUCAAUGGACAAAUAAAAAUUCCUAUGAGUACAACGAUAAAAACCAGUGGAAUAAAGCUCCUGAUUAUUCUAAUUGGAAUUCAAAUUCAAAUUGGAAAGCAAUUCAUCCUCCAAGACAAGAUUCUUCUACAAAUUCUUAUAAUGAUUCCAAAAGACCUUUUCAUUAUACCGAUCGAAAAUCUGAUUGGCAAAAUAAUGAUAAAAAGUCUUCCCAUUGGAAUACAGACAAAUCCGAUCGGCCCUAUCGUAACAGAUCACGAAAUAGGGAUUAUAAAGAUCAUCAUAAUGAUUAUAGCAGAGAUAACAGUAGAGAAAAAAGUAGCAUUGAUUAUCAUGACGAUUCAGAGAAAAAAAUAAGAAAAGAUUCAACUAAUAGAAGGAGCCCUAGUAGAGAUAGUCGAUAUUUAUCUUCAAGAUCUAGUAGGAAAAGAUCUAAGUCGCCAGAUUCUCAAUCACAAUCCUCAAGAUCAACGAAGCCUAAAAAAGAAAUGACUGAAAGAGAAAUGAUUCUUGAAAAAUAUCGGCGUAAUUAUUGUGCCACAAGUAAAGACAUCGAACGCAAGAUAGAUGAAUUAGGACCGGACGGAAUCUUAGAAUGUGAUAAAAAAGUUUGGACACGAACUGCCCCAGCUGAUUUGUAUUAUUCUCGAGAUGAUAAUAAUCCUAAAAUUAUGAAAGGUACAAGUAAAUUGCAUGAAUUGUGCGAUAAUUUUAAACAUUAUCUUUUGGAUAGAGCAAAAAUAGCACGUUCUAUUCAACCACCCUAUGAGCCACCACCAAGAAAAACAAAAGCUCGAUUAUGUCGUCAUAAAUCUGAGGCUUGCAGUUCUUCUUCUGAUAGUGAUAGUUCACUGGACGAUGAUGAUCGUACAAUGGAAGAAUUAAUGGCAAAGAAACAACAUCCUCAAAGGCUUCAUCCUGAAAUGUGGUUUAAUGAUCACGGAGAAAUGAAUGAUGGCCCUCUUUGUCGUUGCAGUGCCAAAUCCAGACGUUCUGGUAUUAGACAUGGAAUUUAUGCUGGAGAAGGAAUAAUUAAUCGGUGUGAAUUAAACUCAAAUAAUGCUGAUAAGUUGUAUCACUACAGGAUUACUAUAAGUCCACCAACCAACUUUCUGACUAAAACUCCAACAAUCAUUAAACAUGACGAACACGAAUUUAUCUUUGAAGGAUUUUCAAUGCUAUCACACUUUCCACUUGUGAAACUGCCUACUUGUAAAGUCAUUAGAUUUAAUAUUGAAUAUACGAUUCUGUAUAUCGAAGAAAAACUGCCGGAAAAUUUUACAAUACGAGAACUAGACUACUUUCAAGAAUAUUUAUUUAAGGAAAUUUUGGAAUUAGUGGAUUUUGAUUUACAUUCAGCUCAAGAUAAAUCAGGCUGCGGCCAAUUUCAUUUUAUGCCACGUUUUGUUCGAGAUUUGCCUGACAAAGGACAAGAAAUUUUAUCGAUGAAUGAAGUAUUAAAUUAUCUUAUUAAAAGUAGUACUCUGUUAAUAAAUCCUGAAGAUCUUGAUCGAUUAAUUGCAAUGCCACAAUAUGAGUGGCAAAAUUUCGCAGAUGAAGUUAAAGGAAUGGUUGUAACUUACCCAGGAAAAAAACCAUGCAGUGUUAGAGUUGAUCAAUUGGACAGAACUCAAGGAGACCAACCUCCAGGCGUUACUGCCUAUCCUGAAAUAGUUCAUUUUGGAAUUCGACCUCCACAACUCAGUUAUGCUGGUAAUGCUGAUUAUCAGAAAGCUUGGAGAGAUUAUGUCAAGUUUCGACAUUUAUUGGCAAAUAUGCCAAAGCCAUCAUUUGAAGAUAAGAGAAAAUUGGAAGCAAAAGAAAAUAGACUUCAAGAGCUGAGAACUCAGAGUAAAAUGAAACGAGAUGUCACAGUAGAUGUAAGCUCUGAAGGAUUCUUUCGUACGGGUAUAAUGUGUGAUAUUGUUCAACAUGCGAUGUUGAUUCCAGUCCUUGUCUGUCAUUUAAGAUUCCAUAAAUCACUAGAUAAUCUUGAAGAAACGCUUAAAUAUAAAUUUAAAAAUCGAUAUUUAUUGCAAUUAGCUUUAACUCAUCCUAGUUAUCGCGAAAACUUUGGUACAAAUCCUGAUCAUGCUCGUAAUUCGUUAACUAAUUGCGGAAUUAGCCAACCUGAAUAUGGAGAUCGAAGAAUUCAUUACAUGAAUACAAGAAAAAGAGGAAUCAAUACUUUGAUAAAUAUAAUGUCAAGAUUUGGAGCGAGAAGGGAAACAGAGUCGUCAAUAGCCCACAAUGAACGUCUGGAAUUUCUUGGAGAUGCAGUAGUUGAAUUUCUCACUUCAAUUCAUCUGUUUCACAUGUUUCCUGAUCUUGAAGAAGGAGGCUUGGCUACUUAUAGAGCAGCUAUUGUACAAAAUCAACAUCUUGCUGUUUUAGCAAAAAAAUUAAAUUUAGAACAGUAUAUGUUGUAUGCUCACGGCAGCGAUUUAUGUCAUGAUCUCGAACUAAGGCACGCUAUGGCUAACUGCUUUGAAGCUUUAAUGGGAUCUCUUUUUUUAGAUGGAGGAGUUACAGUAGCUGAUAGAGUAUUUGGGGAAACAUUAUUUAAAGAUGAAGAAAAUCUUGCUUUGGUAUGGGUUAAUUAUCCAAAGCAUCCUCUUCAAGAGCAAGAACCAACUGGUGAUAGACAGUGGAUUCCAAGUUUUGAGUUAUUACAGAAAUUAACCAAAUUUGAGGAGUCUAUAGGUAUUGAAUUUAUGCACAUCAGAUUAUUGGCAAGAGCAUUUACUGAUCGCAGUAUUGGAUACACUAAUUUAACGUUGGGCUCUAAUCAACGUUUAGAAUUUCUUGGAGAUACAGUUUUACAAUUGAUUGUAUCAGAAUACCUUUAUAAAUUUUUCCCAGAGCAUCACGAAGGACAUUUAUCACUGCUACGCAGUUCAUUAGUAAAUAAUAAAACCCAAGCUGUUGUCUGUGAUGAUUUAGGAAUGACUCAGUAUGCUCUGUAUGGUAAUCCUAAAGCAGAACUUAAAACCAAAGACAGAGCUGAUUUACUUGAAGCAUUCCUUGGUGCUUUAUAUGUUGAUAAAGGUUUAGAAUUUUGCAAAGUUUUCUGUAAUGUUUGCUUCUUCCCACGACUUCAGAGUUUUAUCAUGAAUCAAGAUUGGAACGAUCCUAAGAGUAAAUUGCAACAAUGUUGUCUAACUUUGAGGACGAUGGAUGGUGGAGAGCCUGAUAUUCCUGUCUACAAAGUUAUCGAAUGCAAAGGACCCACUAAUACUCGGGUGUAUACUGUUGCGGUAUAUUUCCAAGGAAAACGAUUAGCUAAAGCAUCAGGUCACAGUAUUCAAGAAGCUGAAAUGAAUGCUGCUAAAGAAGCUUUAGAAAAAUCUCAAGAUCUAUUCCCUCAAUUAGAUCAUCAAAAGAGAGUUAUAGCUAAAAGUAUGAAAAUGCAGCAAUGGCCAAGGAUCAAAGGAACCAUGUCAGAGAAAUCAGAUGAUUCAGAUUCGACCCAACAGCUGAGAAAAAGAAACAGAAGAAAUAAAAGAAGGUGGAGAAGAAGUCGAAGUCGUGAUAGAGAUUCUGAUGAUAGUUUUAAACAGUACAAAAGUAGAUCACGCAGGCGUCGAAGUAGGAGUGAUGAUCGAAGUAGAAGUAAUGAUAGAAAUAAAAGCAACGAUCGGAGCGGUAGCUAUGACCGAAGUGAUCGGAGCAGGAGCAAUGAUCGAAGUAGAAGUAGUAGUAAUGAUAAUGAUUAUGUCAAUCAAAAAAAUAAAGAUGGGUAUUAAGAAAAAUAGAUUCAAGUAAAUAUGUAUAGUAUUUAGUAUUAAUAUAAAGUUAAAAACUGUACAUAAUUAUACAAUAAAAUAAUUUAAAUACAUUAAA